AUGCCGGAAAAGGGCACCACUAGCAAACAUAUUCUAGUCGCUUUGGCCAAUGGCGGAGUUUUAGAGUUACCAUGGAUAUUAUUAGAUCCUAGACGACCAAUCAAUCCGGAACUACGAGAAGAAGGUGUCAUUCCUUAUAUGCCAGAGAUACCAAUUCACAUGGAUAGUAUUAUAAAUUAUAAUCAAAGCGUUUAUAGGGUAUCUGGAAUUCACACGAGCCCUAGUGGCCUUGAAAGUACAUGUCUGCCUCACUAUUGCGAGGUGAGCGAGCCCGGCUUCUCGUACAAAUUUGAUUUUAAGAAGCUGAAAAAAACCGACGACUACGUUAUUAGACAUGACAACGACGUUUUGAGAUUACGAAUAUGCGAGCAAUUAAAAACGAGUUGCAACAAACAUAAAGGAUACUCCAUUUGUUUAUCAAAGGGGAAGUCUAAUUCCGAGAUAGGCAUUGGAAGGGAACCUCCGGAAGUAAUUCCCGAAUUUGGUAAAAUAAUUUUCAAGUACACCGGCGAACAGUGUGAUGAUAAGCAUAAUUAUACUGUAAACAUAAAAAUGAUUUGUGAUUUUGCUAUCAAAGAUGGAAGUGGCAUGGCAUUUGCCGCAGCAAUGGAUACCAAUCCAUGUGAAUAUAACAUAGCGUGGCGAACUGAUGUCGCCUGUUCAGCUAAAAAAGUAGUAAAUUGUACUGUAGAUAAUGGAUCAAAUCAUUAUGAUCUAUCUAAAUUGAUUAAUCUUUCAGACAAUUAUAAAAUCACAUUUAAUGAAACCCAUUCGGUAAUAUUAAAUGUUUGCCAUUCCGUUUUGUAUAGUCGUCGAGCUUGUGGAGCACAUAAUGGUAUGUGCCUUGUUAAUAAUAAUGCACCAAUGGGCCAGACAAACAAGGGACUGGGUGAACCAAUUGAUGAUUUACAAUUUAUUGCUGAUGGCGAAUUAUCUUUGAUUUAUAAACAAGGACCAAUGUGUCCUGAGAAUGUUCCUAAUGCACUUCCACAUAUACAAUCAGUAAUCAUAUUUACUUGUGAUUUAGAUGCAACAGAUACACUACCCAAGUACGUAGGAGGGCAGGAAACAUGUAAUUAUACUUUUACUUGGAGAACUGCACAAGCCUGCAGUGAAAAAAAGUUGCAUGAAAAAAGCUUAGAAAUAACAAACAAUGACGUGUGUACGGUAAAAGACCCCGUUACGAAACACGUUUUUAAUUUAACGUCAUUCAUGAAUGAAGAGUUUAAUGUUACGUCGUUUGCAAGUAACGAAAUAUAUAAAUUCAGUAUUUGUUCACCUUUGGGUGAUUCUAUCUGUGGACCUGAAGCAGGUGCUUGUAGAAUUCACAGUAAAGUAUCAGGUGGAAAAGCUACCACCAAAUUAAUGUGGAAAGAAAGUGGCCCAUAUUUGAAUUAUACGGAUGGACAUUCAUGUAACAAUAAUCAGAGUCGAAGAUACACAAUUAUUGAAUUUCAUUGUGGUAAUAGAAAUGAUUAUGAAAUUGAAGAUCAAGAUGAUAUUUGCAGUAAAGUCAUAAAAAUGAGUACAAAAUUAGCUUGUGACGAAAAGGUAAAAUUUAUGGAGUGCGCCACUGCUAAAAAUGAAGUUAAUUUAAGAUCAUUAAUUCGUCUGAGAGAAAAUUACAUCACUAAAGUAGAUGGUGCGAAUUUUUAUAUGAAUAUUUGUAAGCCACUUGUAAAAAAAAAUAAUCUUAGCUUGUGCAAUGGUGCGGGUUUAUGUAAAGCUGUGAUCACAGACGGCAAAAUAACGGAUGUUGUCAAUUUGGGAUAUCCGGAUGACAGUCCUGUUCUGACGAGUGCUGACACAGUCACGUUGAUGUACCAUAACGGGUCAAUAUGCAAAGAAGAAAAAAAAUCAAGAAUAGAAUCAAGGAUACUGUUUUCAUGUGAUCCAUUCCUUUCAAAUUUGGCGCAGGGUCAGCCACAAUUUUUGAGAUACGAAAAAUGUAUAUACUUUUUUGAAUGGAAAACAAACGUUGUUUGCGGUAAAGUUGACGGCAUUUAUGCCAACAAUUACAUAACUAAUACUUAUGGUGAUCACCUAAAUUUAUCAGUAUUAGCUAUGGAUAAAAAUCCGGUGUACCUAGUUGAAGAUAGACUAAAAACGAAAAAGUACAAGAUAUCCUUUUCUAGCAAUAAAAAGUAUUGUCAUGGAGCAUUAGUAUGUGACACCAACAACGACAUAAAUUAUGGCACCGAAGUAAGUGUGAUUUGGGAUUAUUCUCACAAUCUUAUUCGUCUCUCGUCAACUGAAGGUAGCAGAUGCAGCGAUGGUACUUUAGCACAAUCGACUAUCACUAUAUUCUGUAACGAAGAAUCGUAUACAGAUGAACCACUAUUUCUAAGAGGGGAUAAUUGUAGUGUAGAAUUCGAAUGGUAUACUAGUAAGAUUUGUAAGUCGCAAGCAGAACCACUGAUUUCUACAUUAAAUAGUACAAAUGGUGGAGCAAUAAUUGGUAUCAUUGUUUUGAUAGUUUGUGCAUUAUCAAUUUGUUACUUAAAAGAUUCGACAAGACGAUCUCAUUUUUUAGAUCUAAUUACCUGUAAUUUGACUACAAGAAACUGUGAUCGUGUUAAGUAUUCUCGGGUAUGUUGUCAAAAAACCAAUUCAUCAAUCAAUAUACAGUUAGACUGUGCUUGAUACAAA